AUGUCUUUGAUGGAAAACUUUUCGCGACACAUCAUUCUCAAUGGGCUUCCAAAUAACAUCACCCCAGAAAAACGCGAUAAGUUCAAGAGUGCCUUCUUGAAAAGGAUCUCCGAGGUCCUUGGGCACUCUCGGUUCAAACUGCACAUCGUCAUGGACCCCGAGGAGGGGGUGGCGAAGGGCGCUUUCUUGAGCUUCGGGACGGAAACCGACGCGGAGGCGGCGUUGGCUAAGCUGAACAUGUACCACUUCACAAAAUCCUCCAUUUUCACGACCUACCGCUGGUCCGCCUUGGAGAAUGCGAAGAUGGAGGAGGAGGAGUACGUGCCGCCGCCCGUGAUGGAGGAGGAAGGCACUGAGGAGGACUUCUUGCACAACAUGGCCAUGGAUGAGCAGGCCCGGCCCCAGUUCAUCGUGAAAGGUGGUCUGGCGAUGGACUGCGAGUGGUACUGGUUUGACUGGGAAAGGAAGGAGCCGGUGCUUUACCGCCGCCCGAACAUCCGAAAGGAGGACCCUCUCGGAAAGUGGACCGAAAUGGACCGCCGUGAUAAAUCCCUGCGGGCUGGCCUUGUCAGCAGUGUUCUGCCGGUGGUGCGGCCGCUGCCGGUGUGGUCGACCUACGGCACAAUGAUGAUCUCCCAGCAGACAAAGGGUCUGAGGAUAUGGGGCGGGCGCAGUAUGCACCUCCUCUUCGAGAUUAUGGAAGAUGUUGAGGCGUUUAUGAUCUCGAGCAGCGAGCGGUACAUCGUCACCAAGACGGACAGGGAAGUCAGCGUGUGGAACCUUCGCACCGCGAAGAAGAUUCGUGCGCUAGGAAACCUGGAUCUGCACUUGGAUGAUCUCUGGCCUAUUGUGCGUUUUAGCGCUGACGACUCCCUCGUCGCGGUUUGCAAAGUGGGGUACAACCCACACGAAUCGCCCGAACCGACGGCCGGCCGCCUAUCUCUUUACAUCGCACGCAAUAUGCACCUCAUACAGGGUAGCGCUAGUCAAGAGCGUUUGCAGUACACCUUUUCCAUUCCUGGGCUCUACAAGGCGGAGUGGAACCCAGCCAUGAAGACGCAGAUCGCCUACGUCGUAGCACUUGGGCAAAAGCUGGGUUGGAAGUUGGUUAUCGCGAAUAUGCACGUCGAUCAGGGGACCAAUGUGGCCACCGAGGAGCAGCUGAUUCAGCGCCAUUUUCUGCAGGCGACUUCGCUUGAUAUGCUAUGGAGCCCGGCCGGUGUCCACCUCUCGAUCAAGGCCACAUUGAAGAACGCCACGGAGUACUUCCUUUUCCACAUCGGCCCUCGCUCCGUCGCGGCGAUGCAGCUGCGGAUCAAGCCUAGCUAUACAGCCGGACGCUUCGCAUGGCAGCAGAGCGGGGAUUACUUCGCAACCAUACUGAACAAGUCGCAGACGAAGGAUGGGACGGGCAGCGCGCAGUUGACAUCCGACCUCGGGCUUUUGCAAAUCCACACUAUCAAGAACAACAAGCUAAAGCUCCUGCAGGAGUUGACCACGUCCAUGACGCACCUUUUCUGGUCCCCAAAGGGAAGCUCCCUCGUUGCGGCGAAUUUCGACAAAUCCAUCUUACACUUCCUAUCAGUCACCGACGACGGCGCCGUAAAGGAGCACAAUAAGCUCAGCGCCGUGAGCGCCACGGACUGCCAGUGGGACCCUACAGGUCGCUUCUUCGCGACUUGGGUGUCUUCACUGCGCAACACCACAAUGGCCCCGCAGUACCGCAUUUUUAACUGCAACGGGGCGGAGCUCUUCCGAAAAGAGUCGAAGCCGUUUUCACACUUCGCCUGGCGCCCGCUGCCGCCUUCGCUGCUUUCCGAGGCAGAGGUGAAAAACAUCAAGGGUUCUGUGAAGAAACUCUUAGAGGAAUAUGAGGAGGCGGCGAAGGAGAAGCUGCUUAUCGAAGAACAAAAGAUUGCACGCAAACGGAAGGAUGCCGAGGAUACCUAUAUCAAAAGGAUGAACGACCUCGCCCGGAAGAUGCGAGACCAGCGGUUGGAUCAGAAGAGAAGGGAGCUUCAGAAUAGCUCGCGGUGGACCCGCUAUUGGGCCUCCUACAUUAAGGCCCUGCCAGAAGAGCGUCGUAUCAUCCACGAGGAUUUGACAGAGGAACGUGUCAUUUCAAGAAGACAGAUAGGAGCAGCCACUGGGGCCAUUGUGUAG